UGACGGUACCCUCAUAGAGGUACCGCAAAAAAAGUGGAUAUCGUUGUGUAGUUGACAUCCACUUCUUCAGAGGGCGAUAGCGCGCAGGACAUUUUGCGUGUUUUAUGGUUUACAGGAAAAAGGCCCUCAUUCAUGUCCACUGGUGUUCUUUAGUCUCAGAUCCCAGAAGCCACGAGAAAAGAGGAUAAAUUCUGCAACACGGUUGACACACGUUAAUUAUUCUGAGCUUAAUAAUUGGUUUUAAUACGUUGCAAAUUGUGAUUGCAUCGUUUUUCAAGGGAUCUCACAAGUGUCUCUUCUAUUCUACAAAAUGGCGCAAGAGGUCGAAGAAACUAUGAAACGGAUUCAAUCUCACAAGGGAGUAGUUGGAACAAUAGUGGUAAACGCAGAAGGUAUUCCAAUAAAAUCAACAUUAGACAACACAACAACAGUUCAGUACGCAGGUUUGAUAAGUCAAUUAUCAGACAAAGCCCGUUCUGUUGUGCGCGAUCUGGAUCCAACCAAUGAUUUAACUUUCCUGCGCAUCCGUAGCAAAAAGCAUGAAAUUAUGGUUGCACCAGACAAGGAAUUUAUAUUGAUAGUAGUGCAAAAUCCAGUUGAUUGAUAUCUAAAGACUACAGAAGUACAUUGCAGAAUUCACCUUUAUUC